AUGAUUCUGCAGGCCGACGAGUACGAAAGCGUGCAAGACGUCGAUCUCCAGGACUUCUUCAACAGCACACAAGGCAAGUUCAAGACACCCCUCGUCCAGUCGUGGGUCCAAGAGCUCAACACGCAGCGCGACGCCCGCAAGACGUCGACCGAGUAA